AAUCAUUUUGCAUCACAGAAUAUGCCGCAGCAGUGCAGCCACAUGGACUCUGGGGCCUGUGAUUGUAUUGCCCAAACCGGUUGGUCUCCUAGUGGAAAAUCCUUAAAAAAUGCUCUGCACUCUACACAUAUAAUUUUCUCAAAAGUUGGAGUCACACUUGUGUUGAUUCACACGAUGUGCCUACCUAAACGAUAGGAUUUACAGUUUUCGCACAAGAAGCCUCAAAGUGACAGGUUCACAGCCCAACUGCUCCAUUGACUCCCAUUAUAAUCCCAACAGCGCUUUUACUACAAAAUCAGAAAUGUCAGUUGUUUUCAACUCGCUCUGUUGUCCACGUUUUUUACACUAGGGACAAAAAAAUUACAUCAAUGUGUUCAUGAGAGCCUUGUAGCGUUCAAUGUGAAAGAAUUUUGUGAAUACCUCCUUUCAUUUUCGUGUAAAUCGCCAUUGUUCGAGGAGAAGGAAAUCUGAGAAAAAGCUCUCUUUGCCUGUAAUCUUAUGUCUCUGCUCUGCACCUGAGCACCGUCACCAAGGCAAUGAGCUCCAGUUAGGUAGCAGAUGGGGGAGGGGCUGCUCUCUCUCUCAAACACACACAUGAUCAUAGCAUCGUAGCAUCAUAGCAAGUCACAUAUUCACACAGUACAGUACAACUCCUGCAAUAGCGACUGCUACACCCACUGCAUCACUCACGAUUUCCCACAGGGGAAUUGUCUAGUUAAACUUAUUCAUUCAGGGAUGUGUUCUCUCUCCCUUACUUUUUAUCCUUUAUACAGAUAUGUGUAAGAGUGUCUAUGAAAACGGGCACAUUUUAAAAUUUGCAGACGAUACCAUCAUUGUAAGUUUGUUACACAAUAAUGAAUACAGCCAUGGUCCAGUCUUGGAAGAUUUUAUUAGGUGGUGUGAUCUUUCUUUCUUGGUGCUUAAUACAUCCAAAACAAAGGACAUGAUUAUUGAUUUUAGAAAUCAGGCUCCAAACCAUGAUCCCAGUCAUCAAGGGCCAAUCUGUUGAACACGUGGAUAGUUACAAGUAUCUUGGGAUUGUCGUUGAUGAUAAAUUGACUUUUAACAAGAACUGCGAAGCAGUAUGCAAGAGAGGACAUCAGCGGUUGUUUUAUCUUCGGAAAUUGUUCCGUUUUAACAUUGAUAGAACUAUGCUGACCCUUUUUUAUCGUGCUUUUACUGAGUCAUUGUUAUCUUUUGCCUUCGUGUCUUGGUUUGGUAAUCUGUCACUACAGGACAAAAACUCCCUGAACCAAAUAAAUGGGCUGGGUGGCUAAUUGGGAAGCCUCAACCCACUAUGUCUUCUCUUUAUGACAUAGUUACAAUGUAAAGCUACCUGUAUUCUUAAAGAUGGCUUACACCCUUUGCAUGGUGAGUUCCAACUCCUUCGCUCUGGUCGUCGUUUUGGGGUCCCUAAGGGAAGGACAAAACGGUACAGAAAGAGCUUUGUACCAACAGCAAUUGUAUUGCUGAACAGUAAGGCCCAGAGGUGAAUAAUUUUGUUCAUACUGAACAAUUGAUGAUGAAGCACUUUUUAAAGAUCACACUUUUAAGGAUUGUAUAUGUUAGGAUGUGUGUGUUGUCUUGUCUGUUACAAUGUAUUUUACGUAGCUGUUAUUUUGUAUUGGGAUCGCUGAAUUCCUGCCUGCACAACGAAUUUACCAGUACUAUGGUAUGGUACAAAUAAAGAAACCUUGGGACCCGCCCUCCAUUCUCAAACUGCUGCUAGGCCAUGUCCCCACUGCCACAUACCCCCACCGGUUGACUCGGGCUAGGGAGCCAUCCAUCCUGCAGUGGACUCCCCCUUCAAUGGAACAGGAAGUCUGCCACCACCAUCUGUGCCCCGGCCUGUGGACCACCUCGAAUGUAACCAUGUAACCUCCUGGAGGGUGAGAUACCAAUGGGUGAUCCGCACGUUGGCAUCCGUCAUGCGGUGGAGUCACUGGAGGGGGCACAUGGUCCGAACAGAGAGUGAAAGGGCACCCCAGCAGGUAGUAUUGGAAGCUGUGUGAGGACAUGAAAACGGAGACAUCCAUGGAUGGAGAGACCUCAGAAGCCUGUGUGAAGAAAGAAGAGACGCUGGAGCUGAAUAUCUACAGCUUUGGAGAUGAUCUCGACAACCCACCUGAAGGUCUCUCCGUUAAAGUGGAAGAUCCUGACGAUAAAGACUAUCUCUACUGUGAAGUUUGCAAAUCCUUCUUCCUCAACAAAUGCGAGGUUCAUGGACCACCCCUCUUCAUCCCCGAUACUCCUGUUCCCAUGGGAGUCCCUGACCGAGCCAGACAAACACUUCCUCCUGGGCUAGAAAUCCAGAAGUCCAGUAUUCCUGAUGCAGGCCUGGGAGUGUUUAAUAAGGGGGAGACUGUUCCAGUAGGUGCACACUUCGGCCCCUGCCAGGGAGAGCUGAUGAACCGAGAGGAAGCCAAGAACAGUGGAGGCUCCUCGGUUGUAUACAGGAGCAUGCAGUGUGAAGAAUACAUCGAUGCCAAAAGAGAGACGCAUGUGAAUUGGAUGAGGUAUGUGAAUUGUGCCUGUAAUGAAGAACAACAGAAUCUUGUGGCAUUUGAGUAUCAAGGGGGAAUUCUGUAUCGUUGCUGUCGACCCAUUAACCCAGGACAGGAGCUCUUGGUGUGGUAUGAAGAGGAGUACACCAAAGAACUCAGUCCUGCACCUACAGGAACAACCAGACAGCAAGGUGUUACUUUUGUCUAAGAGGUUAUAGAGGUUAUUUUCUGCAUCAUUUCGUGAUGUUUCUGAGCCUACCAGUGUUUCUGGGAUGAAAGCUGUUGUACAAUGCAGUCUGCAAUAACUAGAGCAUUCCCCAGAGAACUCAUUUUGGCCUGUUCCACCAACCAGGUAGGUCUUCUCGAUCAUAUGACCGUGACCAACCAGAGAAGGUGAAGUCUAUCAGCUUCCUUUGAGACACGUGAAGUCUGCACACUGCAUAUCUUGCUAUUGCAAAACUGACUACAGUGGUGCUUGAAAGUUUGUGAACCCUUUAGAAUUUUCUAUAU